GGUAGUGAUAUUUUAAUAACUAUUAAAUAUGGGAAACAAACAAAGCGUUGCAUCCAAAUAUAUAUCUUCUGGUACAGUUAGGCGCACCGAAGACUCAAAAGAAGCUUAUCAGGAGGACCCAUUCGGUCUAAAAUCACUGGAGAGUGAAGGCCAGACAAAGCCUACUGUGAGGAGCUUCAAAAUUAAGGCUAUAAUAGUUUCAAAGGCACUGCAGAACUUCUUUACAUACACCCAAGAUUGCCAAAAAUAUGAAGGAGAUAUCCAAGAGUUGCAUCAACGCUGGGAACAGAAACUAGUGCUGCUUAAACUUAGAGCCAUAGACAUUGAAGAGAAAGGAGAAUUCCAAGAACUUGAAGAUCUUGAUAAAGAAAUCAACCUGCUGAAGAAGGCGAUGAGCAAGCAAGACAUCUUUUCUAAGCUUAAGGACGAAUCCUAUUGGAGACUACUGACAGAAGAAGUGAUGGCUAAUUGCCACACCUGCUCACGAAAAACUUCUUCUCUAAAAUACAUGCCUGCCCAGCCCAAACCCAUUUUGGACAGACUCGCCUUCUCUUCAACUGGCUUCGACUACUACUAUUGGUUUCAAAAUGGCUGACAGCAGCCUUUUAGACCAGUUGCUGAUCUCGAACUAAGGAUGAACAGACCAGGAGAUAUGAAUGUGAUCACGGGGCUUGACAAAAGACUUCCUGAUUUAAAAACAUUUUGGAUUAGGCAUAUUCUUAGAGAGAGUCAAGAGGAGGUAAAGCAUUGUAUAGCCAAGUAUUUCCCCAAAACAGUAAGGGAGUUUAGCUUUAAUGGUGCCUCUGCUCUGGAGAGCAUUGACCUGUACCACUCUGCCUUGCUGGCUGCUGCUCCUUGUGUGACAAAGGUGGUUUGUCUUUGUAAUUUUAAGAUCUCCCAGCUCCAGACCAUCGCCCUCCUCACUGCCUUUCACAAGGUCACAUACUUUGGCUUCACCUACUGCAUUCUGCACAUUCCCUCUGUGGCUUCCUUCCCUGACUCCGUGGAGAACUCCAACAUUCGGAGAUUAGAUUUCAACUUAUCAGGAAAUAGAGCCCACGGAGACUGGGAGAAGGAUAGCUCGUGCUUCAACAACCUGGUGGCUGGGCUCGCACAGGCCGACACCCUCAGAGAAAACUUGGAGGAGGUGGGGAUGUGGGACUGUGGAAUGAAGAAGGAAGAAAUCAAGGAGAUCUUGGAGAACUGUGGACUAGGUCAUGUGAACAUUUUAGGAGCUUCGUAAAUUCUUAAGUUUCAAUAGCUGGUA